AUGAUUUCAGAAAAUGCUGGGAGUGUCACUAGCGAAAUAGCUGGACAAAAUGAAUGCGAAAGAAUCGGUCCCGUGAGAGCUGAACCUCCACCUCCUGCACAAGCUAAACAAACAACGUCGAAAAUCGUAUGGAGCUCCAAGUGCGCUCCUGCAACAGUUGGUUCAGAAAUUCUGGCAAGGGUUGCGACGAAAAAUGUGGAACGUGACUCUUCAGAAGAAUCCGAAACAUUCGGUCCUCAACGGGCUGUACCACCACCGCCCUCAGUCUUGCAAGCGACGGCUCCGAAAAUCGCGUCGAAGUCCGUUGAUAUGUCUCUUUGUGACAAGACGGCAACGGCAGAAUCAGUUUCGGCAAAUGCCAUCAGUUCUGUGCCUAGAAGUGAAGCAAUCGCCGCUCCAGCAGAACUGAAAAGGUUCAGUGCUCCAACUGUUUGUCCCCAACCACCCUCUGAACCUGAAGACACAAAAGGUGAAGAUGAAUCUAUGGUUUUGUACAGAUUGUUGGAGCUAUACAAUGCCGCUCGAAGUUGCUCGAAGGAGCCAUCGUCUCGUAUUGAGUGCACGGAUUUGUCUAUCAAGGCAGUUCUUAUUAAUGCCGGUCGAGCACUGCUCGGAAAUCCGGAAACGGAAAAGGAGAAGCAGAUUCUCAAAGAUCUCCUUUCAAUUGCUGACGCUCACUGCGGGUCUACUCAUAUGUGA